AGUAGUAGGAAGUGAGCUGUUCGAAGGCAGAAGGAUCUAUUCACUGGCAAAGGGGGGAUCCAGAGCUCCUAGCAAAGCCUGUUUUAUCAGCAAAACUUCGACGCCAGACAGGAUACAAAAAAUAUAAUUGAAACAAGGCGAGCCUAAGAGGCAAGAAGGCUCCUUUACAGAUUUGGGAACAGACGAAGGACAACUGGAACUAGGAAUGCUGUUUGUUUCCCCCCCUGCCCUGCUGGAUUGGCUGAACAGCCUGGAAAAUGGUAAAUGAUCAUUUGGAUCAAUUACAGGCUUUUAGCUGUGUUGUCUGUCAUAAUUCAUGAUUCUGGUCUGGGAAAAAGACCAACAGCCUCCGUGCCAAAAAAGGGGCAGAGUUUGAUGGAGUUGGAUGUACUUUUAUAUGCCAUUUUCCACCACACCUAGAGGAAGGCACUUUUGCAGGCAUACUGUAGAGGGGGAAUCAUGUUUGACUGUAUGGAUGUUCUAGCAGUAAGCCCUGGUCAAAUGCUGGAUUUCUACACUGCAAGUCCGUCUUCCUGCAUGCUCCAGGAGAAGGCUCUGAAAGCAUGCUUCAGUGGAUUGGCACAAACAGAGUGGCAACACCGGCACACUGCGCAAUCAAUUGAAACACAGAGCACCAGUUCUGAAGAACUGGUUCCCAGCCCUCCUUCUCCACUUCCUCCUCCUCGUGUUUACAAGCCCUGUUUUGUUUGUCAGGACAAAUCUUCUGGCUAUCACUAUGGUGUCAGUGCUUGUGAGGGAUGUAAGGGUUUUUUCCGCAGAAGCAUUCAGAAGAACAUGGUUUAUACAUGUCACCGAGAUAAGAACUGUGUUAUUAAUAAAGUCACUAGGAAUCGCUGCCAGUACUGCAGACUACAGAAGUGCUUUGAAGUGGGAAUGUCCAAAGAAUCUGUUAGAAAUGACAGGAACAAAAAGAAGAAGGAGCCUUUAAAGCAGGAGUUUAUGGAGAACUAUGAAAUGACAGCAGAGUUGGAUGAUCUCACAGAAAAAAUCAGAAAAUCUCACCAGGAAACAUUUCCUUCACUCUGCCAACUGGGCAAAUACACUACGAACUCUAGUGCAGACCACAGAGUUCGACUGGACCUUGGGCUUUGGGACAAAUUCAGUGAACUGGCUACAAAGUGCAUUAUUAAAAUAGUGGAAUUUGCAAAACGAUUGCCUGGUUUCACAAGUUUGACAAUUGCAGACCAGAUCACACUACUUAAAGCAGCUUGCUUGGACAUCUUGAUUCUUAGAAUUUGCACAAGAUACACCCCGGAACAAGACACAAUGACAUUUUCUGACGGCCUUACACUGAAUCGAACUCAGAUGCAUAACGCUGGCUUUGGUCCCUUGACGGACCUUGUCUUCACGUUUGCCAAUCAGCUCCUGCCGUUGGAAAUGGAUGACACAGAAACUGGCCUGCUCAGUGCCAUCUGCUUGAUAUGUGGAGAUCGCCAGGACCUUGAAGAACCAUCAAAAGUAGAUGAACUACAGGAGCCAUUGCUUGAAGCUCUCAAAAUAUACAUCAGAAAGAGAAGACCCAACAAACCUCAUAUGUUUCCAAAGAUCUUAAUGAAAAUCACAGAUCUACGCAGUAUCAGUGCAAAAGGUGCUGAACGUGUUAUUACACUGAAAAUGGAAAUUCCUGGAUCUAUGCCACCUCUUAUCCAGGAAAUGUUGGAGAAUUCUGAAGGACAUGAACCACUGACACCAAGCUCAACUGGGACUACAGCAGAACACAGUCCUAGCAUCUCCCCAAGCUCAGUGGAUAACAGCAGUGUCAGCCAAUCCCCACUGAUGCAAUAA